ACGCCAUGCGACUCCUCCCACCCACUCUCUAGAGACGCGUCUAGAGACCACCGAAACCCACCUCAAGCCCUUUGGUGGGGACGUCUGUAUUACCGCAUGUUUACCUCGCAGCUCGCGCUGCUGCAGGUGUUCUUCCUGAUGGUCCCCGAGGAGGUCCGGCCUCAGCCGUCUCCGUCCCCGUCUGGGGCAGUGUCCACCCAAUCGGACCUGGGGCCAAGGACGCAGGGCGAGACGCUUCAAUCCUCCUCGGAGGUGCCUGGCGUCUCUACAGUGAGUCCUACUGUCGUGACUCCCUCGGCGCCUGGGAAUAGGACCGUGGAUCUCUUCCCAGUCUUACCGAUUUGUGUCUGUGACUUGACUCCCGGUGCCUGCGAUAUGAAUUGCUGCUGCGACAGGGACUGCUAUCUUCUCCAUCCCAGGACAGUUUUCUCCUUCUGUCUUCCAGGCAGCGUGAGGUCUUUAAGUUGGGUGUGUGUAGACAACUCUCUUAUCUUCCGAAGUAAUUCCCCGUUUCCUUCAAGAGUUUUCAUGGAUUCAAAUGGAAUUAAGCAGUUUUGUGUCCAUGUGAACAACUCAAAAUUAACCUAUUUCCAGAAGCUCCAAAAGGUCAAUGCAACCAGCUUCCAGGCCCUGGCUACAGAGUUUGGAGGUGAAUCAUUCACUUCAACAUUCCAAACCCAGUCACCACCACCUUUUUACAGGGCUGGGGACCCCAUUCUGACUUACUUCCCCAAGUGGUCUGUAAUAGGCUUGCUGAGGCAGCCUGCAGGAGUUGGAGCUGGGGGACUCUGUGCUGAGAGCAAUCCUGCAGGUUUCCUGGAGAGUAAAAGUACAACCUGUGCUCGUUUCUUCAAGAAUCUGGCAGAUAGCUGUACCUUGGAUCCCACCCUCAACGCUGCCUCUUAUCAUAACUUCACCGUCUUGAAGGUUCCAAGAGGUUUGAGUGAUCUGCAGAAUACGAAGUUCCAGGUGCCUGUAACACCUGUCUCACAGGCUGACUCUCCUCUGUUGGCUGGAAACACUUGUCAGAAUGUUGUUUCCCAGGUCAUCUAUGAGAUAGAAACCAAUGGGACUUUUGGAAUCCAGAAAGUCUCCAUCAGUUUUGUGCAAACCAACCUGACUGUUGAGCCAGGCACUUCAUUCCAGCAACACUUCAUCAUUCAUUUCAGGGCUUUUCAACAGAGCACAGCUGCUUCUCUUACUGGUUUUAGAAGUGGGAAUCCUGGCUAUAUUGCUGAGAAGCCACUCCUGGCUCUAACCGGUGAUAGAAGACACUCAAUGACCCUCUUACAGAGCAAGGGUGAUGGAACUUGCUCUAUUAAGAGACACGAAGUACAAUUUGGAGUGAAUGCAAUAUCUGGAUGCAAGCUCAGGCUGAAAAGGGUGGACUGCAGCCACUUGCAGCAGGAGAUUUAUCAGACUCUUCAUGGAAGUCCCAGACCCGAACACGUUGCCAUCUUUGGUAAUGCUGACCCAGCCCAGAAGGGAGAGUGGACCAGGAUCCUCAGCAGGAACUGCAGUGUUUCAGCUGUGCCUUGUACUUCCUGCUGUGUCAUACCAGUUUCCUUGGAGAUCCAGAUAUUGUGGGCAUAUGUAGGCCUCCAGUCCAACCCACAAGCUCAUGUGUCAGGAGCCCGAUUCCUAUACCACUGUCAGCCCAUACAGGAUUCCCAACAAGAAACAGAAGUACCUUUGACAACUGUUGUGACCUUUGUGGACAUUACCCAGAAGCCAGAGCCUCCAAGAGGCCAACCCAGAAUGGACUGGAAAUUGCCAUUCGACUUCUUCUUUCCCUUCAAAAUGGUAUUCAGCAGAGGAGUAGACUCUCAAAAAGGCUCAGUCUCUCCCAUUCUUAUCCUGUGUCUCUUACUACUUGGAGUUCUCAACCUAGAGACGAAGUGAAAAAAAGAAGAAGAAGCAGAUUUCAGUGUUCCCCAUGGGAAGUUCUGAGGCACCCUGCUUAUCUUGGCUAAACAGAUCCUCACCUGCUCAUGACCAGAGGAGAGCAUUUAGGAGAACAGAGGACCUAAAUGAAGGAGUGGAAUUGCUGGGCAAUAUGGUAACUUUAUGUUUAAUCUAUUGAGGAACUGCCAAACUACUUUCCAAACUGGCUGCACUACCAGCAGUAUGUAAGGGUUCCAAUUUCUCCAUAUCCUUCCCAAUAUUUGUUAUUUUUAUAUUAGCCAUCCUAAUGGUGUGAAAUGGAUCUCAUCGUGAUCUACCAUGCCUUUUUAAACUGUAGUGUGUGAGAUCUUACACUAGAAAUGAGCACAUCUGCUCUUCCGAGGCAGGAAUACCCCAAGUAUUCUUUUCCUCUCUACCCCUCUGCUAAUUUGAUUAGCUUGUAAGCCUAGUUUCCAUUUACAAAGCUGCUUAACAUAUCUUAGAUAAGAUUUUAUGAUGUUCUUAUCGCCAGUCACUCCCCUUGUAACAGACCUUUGAAAAACAUUUUUUUAAAUCAUCUAGAGAAUAAUGCAGUCUUCUUCCCUCCCUUUGUUUAUACAGGAGGUCUCUUACUGCACGAGGUCUCUAUUGUAAUCAUGUAUUCAAUUUAAGGAGCAAGUUUUACUGUAAAGGGGUAUGUGCAAUUUGGAUAGAAUGAAAUUGAAAUCCCAGCCGGCCCGUUACAGGUGUGGAGAAACAGGUACUCUCGAAUACUUUUAGUGAGAACAUAAACUGGUAGAAACUUAGACAGAAGGGCAAAUAGCUAUUUAAUAUGUAUCAAAAGCCUUAAAAAUGUUCACAAACUUUAACCCAACAAUUCCACUUAUUAGACAUUAUGGGGCGGGGGGGAUGAUAUCCAACAAUAGGGAAUUAGUUAAAUAAACUAUGAUGUAUCCAUAGAUUGGAAUGUUGUACAACCACCGAAAAUUGAGUAGACCUGGCUCUAUUGCCAUAAGAAAACAUUCAUCAUCUAUUUUUAGUGAAUAAAAUAGGCUACAAAAUAGUACAUAUACUUUAUGGUGCUAUUUUUGUAAAACAAAAAAUAUUUAUACAUAUGUACUUAAACAUCUGGAAAGCUAACAUGUCUAAAAUGGGAAUUUUUUCUUAAUA